GAUGUGUAGAACGUCACACGUUGUUUCUCUCUUCACUUCGGUAACUUAGCGAUAUGGGUUAUUUACUGUUAAACUGUUACAUACGCCGGACGCACAACCGGCGCCUGGAGUGAAACAGAGCCUUCGAGAGAUACGGACUAUAAGCUACAGAGUUGAUCUCUCCAGCCUUCGAUAAGUGAGGAUAUAACAACAGGUUAAGGAAAGUGAGUUGUUUAAAAACAAAAAAAACAAUAGAAUGGCAAAUCCCCCAAAUACUGGACGACACUUGUUAUCCAACGCGAAUAUUAACAACAACAAAAUUAAGAAAUGUGGAUACCUCAAGAAGCAGAAGCACGGACACAAGCGAUUUUUCGUUCUGAAGGAGCCGAGCGAGGGCUUCCCUGCCCGGCUGGAGUACUACGAGAGCGAGAAGAAAUGGAAAAACAAGUCGGCGGCAAAGAGAGUUAUUCCGCUGGACUGCUGCCUCAAUAUCAACAAGAGAGCGGACUCCAAACACAAACACCUUAUCGCCCUCUAUACCAAGGACGAAUAUUUUGCUGUGUCAGCAGAGAAUGAACAGGAGCAGGAGAAUUGGUACAGAGUCUUAACUGAUUUAAUGAGCGAGGGGAAAGUGUACUCAGACGGCUCCGCAUCCAAUUCCGCGUCCUCGCUGGUGGGGUUUGAUGAGGGGAACUACGGGAUGAUUACGCCGGUAACGGCUGUGUAUAAGGAGGUAUGGCAAGUUAACCUAAAAUCCAAAGGGCUGGGACAGAGCCGGAAUCUUACCGGGGUGUACAGGCUGUGCUUAUCCAGCCGGACUAUCAGCUUUGUAAAGCUCAACUCGGAUGUUGCGUCCGUCAGUUUACAGCUGAUGAACAUUAGGAGAUGCGGGCACUCUGAGAGCUUUUUCUUCAUCGAAGUCGGCCGGUCAGCAGCCACGGGACCAGGCGAGCUGUGGAUGCAGGCUGACGACUCAGUGGUGGCGCAAAACAUCCACGAGACUAUUCUGGAGGCGAUGAAAGCCAUGAAGGAGCUGUCAGAGUUCCGGCCGCGCAGCAAGAGCCAGUCAUCGGGCACUAACCCCAUUUCCGUGCCCACUCGGCGGCACCACAACAACCUUCCCCCAAGCCAGACCGGGCUCCAGCGACGGUCGCGCACUGACAGCAUGGCCAAAAAGUCCCCCAUGAGUAAAUUCACCUCCUGUCGGAUACGCACUGCCAGUGAGGGAGAUGGCACCAUGUCGCGCACCUUGCCUGUGAACGGGAGUCCCCUCAGCCCUGGUAUUCACCGGACCCUAUUAGGGAGCUCAAACACCAUCACAGCCCAGCACUGCCGGACAUUUGAAUCCUCUUCCCUCCAGCACAGUAAGUCCAUGUCCAUGCCUCUGUCCCACUCCCCACCCACAGCCACCCCCAGCCCUGUCAGCCUGUCCUCUUGCUCUGAAAGCAGUGCUCCUCGCCCCUCCAGCUGCAAUGCCUCUGUCUCUGGCUCCCCCAGUGAUGGCGGCUUCAUCUCCUGUGAUGAGUAUGGCUCCAGUCCUGCAGCCCUGUACCUCACUCGCCGCAGUAACACUCCAGAGUCCCUAAGGGCAGACACCCCCCCCUCCCGGGAUAGCAGUGACUUGCAUGGCUACAUAGUGAUGGAGAGGCAGAACCAGAACUGUUUCCGCCGGUUACCAGAGCUGGACAAGGCAUACCGGAAACGCACAUACUCCCUUACCACCCCGCCCCAGCACAGGGCGCCGCCCCAGGUCUCCUCCACCUCAUUGGAUGAAUACACGCUUAUGAGGGCCACCUAUACCAGUAGCGGCCAAUCGGGUCGCAGCUCUCACACCGCCUCCCCGAAAGUUACCUAUCCUGAGGACUAUGGCGAUGUCCAGAUAGGCUCCAACGGUCACCUAGGUGACUGUGGCUACAUGCCCAUGACUCCUGGCAUUGCCCCUCAGACAGGGUGGGUCAAAGGUGAUGCUUACAUGCCCAUGAGCCCCAUGUGUGUGUCGGCCCCCAAGCAGAUCAUCAACCCCCGCUCUCACCCCUCUCCAGCUGGGCUCUGCUCCCAUACCGACUCCCCUGGAAGCGUGUCUCUGGAGGACAGCGGCUACAUGAGAAUGUUCUGCGGGGCCAAGAUGUCUGUGGACAGCUCCGACGGUAAACUCACCAACGGGGAGUACCUCAACAUGUCCCCUGUGGACCCCGUGGUCUCCCUCACCCCCCCAGACUACAUCCUCACAGACACUACCCACCAGCUUUACCCUCACCACAGACAGCCUUACUCCAUCAGUUCCCUGCCCCGCUCUCUCAAAGCCCAGCCCCAGAGGAAGGGGAUUACAGACACAGACCAGUAUGUGGUGAUGAGUCUACAGAAGAAGAGGAUAGAGGAAGAGUCCAACUACUGUCCCAUCUCACCUGUCUGCUCCGCUACACCCCCCACCUCCACUCUCUCCUCAGCCCCCUCACCCCUCAGAGUCACUCAGGAGGGGGGUCUGGUCCACAAGGGGAGGGUGAGUCGGCCUACCCGGCUGGCCCUGGACUCUCUGAGGACGCUGCCCUGUAUGAUCGAACACCCUCUCCCCUCUGAGCCCAGGAGUCCCGGGGAGUACAUCAACAUCGACUUUGGCAACACUACACGCUACCCGCCCAUCUCCGCCACGACUGAGAGCUCUGGUUCAUCACUGGGCUCUGUGGACGGGCUGAUGAGGAGCUCACCGCCACUCUCCGAUUACGUCAACAUUGACGUCAGAUCGCACUCUCCCAAGCAUGGCGAUUCCCCUUCUUCAAUAGGGCGCCUGGAGCCGAGUCCUGCGCUUCCCUUGUGUCCCAGCCAGCCUCCCAGAGAAGAGCAGAGGGAGAGUGAGGAACAGGAUAAGAUAAUCGUUGUGGAAUAUCCUCUCCAAAAGCUUGCAAGCCCUGUAUACCUGGUUGGUGAUGUAAAAGACGACUACACUGAGAUGACCUUCAGUCCUACCAACCCCCCUCCCUCUGCCUCUCUCCCUGCCACCCUGUGCCCCUCCGAUACCACCACCCCCCUGCCCACCAGCCCCUCUGCCUGUGUCCAGAGACUCACCCUGAGGGGAGAGGGUACAGUGGGGGUCCCCCCGGUUCCUGUCGAGACCUUCUUCCUUGGGUGUCCGUCCCUCUCCAUCUCCCCUGUCAACCCAGACAGGGGGGCAAAGGUGAUCCGGGCCGACCCCCAGGGGCGCAGGCGCCACAGCUCAGAGACUUUCUCCUCCACCACCAUGGUAACGCCAGUGUGCCCGUCAUUCGCCCCCGAUGCCAACAAGCGGCACAGCUCGGCAUCGGUGGAGAACGUGUCGCGGUCGGUCCGGAGCUCGGAGGGUUCAGAUGAAGAGUACGGGAACAGCAACAGCCCCAUGUGCCGGGAGACGUCGGCAGGCUACCAGAAUGGACUCAACUACAUUGCCUUAAACCUGAUGGAAGGGAGCCUGGGGGGCUGCAGCACUCUGGGGGGCAGUGAGGGACUGCUGAGGUUCAAGGCAGCGUGCGGAUGCAAGGGGGGCAUGAACGGUUUUAACACCAGCCCCUAUGCCACCAUGGGCUUCAAGGAAACUGCAACAGCAGUGAAAGACUGAACACUGAUGUCACCGCCCCCUCUUACACCCCCUGUUCCUCGCUCCCUCUCUCUUGUUCGCCUGGCUGUGAAUGAGGGAUAAAGCUGCAGCCUAGUGACGAAGUCGCCACGCAGACAGCUGGACCAUGUGCUGCAGUAGACAACCUUUAACCUCCACCAUCCCCUCCCCAGGGGUCAACGGGACCACCAUCGUCACGGCAAUGUGGACACCCCCCCUUCCAAGCCUCCUAUCCUCCCCACAUUUGGCACCCAAAUAUUAAGGGUCCGUCGCUGCUGCUCUCUGAACAACUACAAACACUUAAAGGACUGUACUCAUCGAUGAUUAUCUAUGUACAUACAAAGUUACUUCUGCAAAAUAAUUAUUCUAAUUAUUCUUAUUAUUCCACUGGUUUUCGUUUGGCUGACAGGGCCAGUUACCCUCACUUUAAUAACCUGUGAACCAAACCUGGAGAUAUUCCACGCAUUCCCACUCACACACGUUAUAUAUACGUACACAUCACAUAUUUAUUUAUUUAUAUGUGUGCACUUUGUUGUGUAUAUGUGUUUGUGUGGAUGUGUACACUAAAUUUGUACUAAAAAGAGUUGGCAUUUUAUGAACAUAUUCAGUAUAUAACAAUGUACUAAGUUAACAGUUGCUUAAAAGCCUACCUCAGAACAAACCAGGUUAGUACUUAUUUACACACCAGAAGUAUACAAAACAUUAGAAACACCUGCUCUUUCCAUGACAUAGACUGACCCGUUUCAAUCCAGGUGAAAGCUAUGAUCCCUUAUUGAUGUCACUU